AUCCGCCUGUAUUUCUAUGGCCGAUAAGGAUCGUAACUCGUUUAGAUCUCGAACGAAUCGCUAUAUUGCGUGACGAAGGCGAACUCGCGCGCUCAUAGUACGAUCAACCGAUAUAUUCAUGUCUUCUUCUUCCAUCUUUCGAUUCGAUUAGCUUUUUCUAAACGCUUUUUUUAUUUGGUUUUUUCUUUCACAUCUUUCUCUUACAUAAAAAUGGUUUUAAAAGCUCUUUUUGUCCUUUUUUGUUCCUUUCUUUGCUUUUUUCUUUUCUUUUUCAUUUCUUCUUUUUCUUCCCUUCGUCCUCUUUUAUUUUUUUCUUCUUCUUUUCCUUCAUUUCUUAAAGAAAAGAAAACUGAAAGGCAUUUUUUUUAUAACAGAUUUGACCAUGUAUAUCGCAAUUUGCAAUUUUAUUUGUUUCAACAUGGAUCGUAUUCAAAAUAAUAGAACACAACGGUCUCUUUACUGAGACCUUUUGUUGUCUUAUUUAUAUUUGAUUAUUUACUUCUUUUAAUCACUUCCUCUCAUUGUUGUUUGAGAAUAUCUAAUUUCUUUUUUUUUUUUUAUAACAUACAAUAAUCUUUUUUAUUCUCGUAUACGAUCUUCUUAUCCUUAUUUCAUAUUUCUCAAAUCUUAAAUCAACAAUAAAUGUUUCGUUAUAAAAUCAAAAAUAUGCUAUUCGAACGAAAUAAUCCAUAAUGUCAAACAUUAUUCUUUUAUUAUCGCAAUACUAUCUGGGUCACUGUGAUGAAGAUUUUAUAGAUGUUAGUUAGUUGAUCACACUUUAGCAAUCUCUAAAACGUUAUCUUCUGGCACAGUCAUAUACCCUGAAUAAAUGGUCAAAUUAACGCGAAUUCAGCUGUUUAAGAUAUACCGAAUACUUAUUAUCGUUUAAUGUUAUAUUCAAACUAUGUUAACAUUCUUCAUUAUUAUAUCCUAUUAAUUAACGUAAGAAAAAAAGUUAAUAGAAAAAAUUCAUAAUUAUCGAUCGAUAUCGUUGAACUUUUUUAUCUUUGAUUAUUUUUUCGAUUUUCUCGAUCUUCAUGAAUUUUUUUAUUUUCCAACAUACACACACAACCACAAACACUGUUUGUAGACAGAGGCAGGAUAAUACGAGCCGCAAUUCGAUCUAUAUGCUCUGCGGCGACCGAUACGUGCGCAUGUUUGUAAUGCGGUGCAGGUCACUGCAGUCAAUCGUAUGUACGUACUAACAUACGUAAGUACAUAUACGUGUGUGUGUGUGUGUGUGUGUGUACAGAGGUAUAGGAACAAAAUUUCGGAGACUUAAACGCCGUUGAAAUGAACUGAGGACAUUUAACAACGGCUGAGAUCGUUAACAUCGAUCGUAGUUGAUCGUUAUUAUUAAUCCAAAAUGUUGGUACCUCUAGAAAUGGGGCCCCACAAGUUGCUUUCGAGAUAGAACCUCUAUAUAUAUAUGUGUGUGUGUGUGUAUAUACAUACAUAUAUACAUGUGUGUAUAUGUAUAUACACAUAUAUAUGAAUGUAUGUAUGUAUGUAUGUAUGUAUGUAUGUAUGUAUGUAUGUAUGUAUGUAUGUAUGUAUGUAUGUAUGUAUGUAUGUAUGUAUGUAUGUAUGUAUGUAUGUAUGUAUGUAUGUAUGUAUGUAUGUAUGUAUGUAUAUAUAAUAUAUAUAUGUGUGUGUAUAUAUGCUCAUGAACCGAAAUUGCAGGGUUUAGAAGCGGCCUCCGCACUGCGGUAUUACCGGUAUUAUCGAUAUCGAAGCGCCUAAUUCAAAAAAAUCCCCACAUUCGUCGUAUCCAUUACAUUGUUAUCAAACAAGUCUCAAAGAGAAUCUCAAAAAAUGAUAGAAUAUCUCUUUCUCAUCAGUAAAAUUGUUAUAAUCUUUCUACUUAACAAGAAUUACCAUAUACUUUCAUUAUUUAUGGCAAUUAGGAUUAAUUGAUCUUAUUUUCAUUAUUAUACUUAUUUAUAUCGAUUUCAAAAUUGUCAUUAAAUCAGAAUCAUAUUUUCUUUUAUCAAAUAACUACAAAAAUAUAUACAAACGCAAAGAUAUAUACAUAGGUUUUGUAAAGAUUACUAUUCGUCGCAUUCUAAAUUGAAAAUUAACUUUCGUUCGACUUGCUCUGUGUGUAUGUAUGUAUGUAUGUAUGUAUGUAUGUAUGUAUGUAUGUAUGUAUGUAUGUAUGUAUGUAUGUAUGUAUGUAUGUAUGUAUAUUUAUGAAAAAAGAAUGAUAGAAUGGAGUCCAAUAAUACAUUGGAGUUUUCCAUUCUAUCGCAAAUAUGUCGUUUUCUCUCUCUCUCUCUCUCUCUCUCUCUCUCUCUCUCUCUCUCUCUCUCUCUCUCCCCCUUUCUCUCUCUCGCAUUUACCGAUGCGCGACAGAUCGACAGGUCUCUUGCCCGCAGCGAGCGGAUCUAGCCGGGAUAACUCCGGUGGUGCAUCAAAGAGAAAGAGAAAGAGAGGCAAAUCGAACAACCGUGUGUUCACGCACACGAGUUGCUGAUUACACGGAUGACUUGUUUGCUGGUCAUUCGGUCGAACGGAUACAUGAAUACCGUGAAUACCGGAAAUACCAUAUAAUCCGAAUUCGAAAUAUUCGCGAGUACUGACAAACGUGCGAGUUUAAUAUUUUUAUUAUUAUUAUUAUUAUUAUUAUUAUUAUUAUUAUUAUUAUUAUUAUUAUUAUUAUUAUUAUUAUUAUUAUUAUUAUUAUUAUUAUUAUUAUUAUUAUUAUUAUUAUUAUGCUGAUAUACCCAUAUAUCGAGGUGAAUAAUCACAAUUCUCAACAAAUAAUAAAAGGAAAGAAAAUUUGAUUAUCUUUCGAAUAGACAUGAUUCAGCAAAAGGAUUAAUGAACGCGAACGCCAUAAUUUGUAUUUUUAUUUAAUUUUCGAGGAAAAGAAAAAAGAAACAAACGAAAGACGAAAUGAAACAAAAAUAUAGAAGAACCUAAUUCAUAAAAUAAUAAAUCUUAAUAUUUAUCAUUUUAUAUAUUUAGUACUAUCAGAUGUUAAAAAAAGAGAAGCUUAAUCAUGAAUCUAUUUGUUUUUUAUCAGGGAGAAGUAUUAUCUCCCAUAGCUGGUCCAGCAAUGGCAUAUUCACGAAUAAAUCGUAGAACUCAUUGUGUCAAUCGAAAGAAAGAAAACAAGAGAGAAAAAAAGAAAGAGAAAGAGAGAGAAAGAGAGAAUGAUAUUGGCAGAUAAAAAGAUGAAUCUUUAUCACGAGAAGCGAUCGGUAGUAUCUCAGCAAUUUCACUGGGUCACCACAUAUACACACACACAAACACAUAGCGUUAUCCUCGAGUUUAUCCUAGGCCUAUAUCCCUCAUGUGAUGUACGGUUAGACCUACUUCUUUCCGUGUAGACUAUCCUACCUUGUCUCUCUCUCUCUCUCUCUCUCUCUCCCUCCCGUUUGCUCUACCUAUCUCUUUCUCUUCCUCUGCAACUUUGUCACAUAAAUCGUAUUCAACUAUCGUCCUCGUUUCUUUCCUUCAUGGAUAUUACACUGAUCCUCUCUGACUCUCUCUCUCUCUCUCUCUCUCUCUCUCUCUCUCUCUCUCUCUCUCUCACCUCCUUUUUUCAUUUAAUCCUUAAGUUACGAAGCACCCAGAAUAUGUAUCUUGAAACGAGAAAUCCGGUGAUAACCGAGGAAACCAGAAAUGAGAGUCGAAAGAGAACUAGACUGGAUUUCGUAGCAAAAUGAUUUUGCAAAAAAGUAAGACACAGUUGUUAUUACGAACAAGAGAGAUGGAGAUAGAAGUAGAGAUAGAGAUAGAGAUAGGGACAGAUAUAAAUAUACAGAGACAAAAAGAUAUCGCAUAGGACAACAUAAAAUGAUGUUCAAGAAUGGGAAGGAACCUUACGAGCGCAGGUUUCUGCGUCCGUAGGCGCAUUCCAACGUCGACGUGCCAUACUAUGCGCUCUAUUUUCUCGUGGGCUCGAUGUACCAUCGAUUUUACACAAGAAUACACCUCUAUUUUCCAAGCGUGCCUACCUAGGGACGACGACGACGACGACGACGACGACGAUGACGAUGACGAUGACGACGACGAAGGUUGUACCUUAAUGUUUCACAAACCCCUUAUGCUUCCUGAUCCACCUAACUCGGCUUAUCCGCGAAAAUGUAGCCAAUACUAUUACGGAUUACCAAUGAAUAAUUAACGGCCCGUAAGAUCUUAAUCGCGAUGAGUAUCUACCCCACGAAUACGGAUGUAUAUACAUAUAUGUAUAUGUAUAUAUUUGGAUACCAAAACUUUUCCCCUAAUUUCUGUUAUAAUUCCUUUAGUAGAGCGUUAAAUUCAUAAUAGAAACGUUAUUAUUUUAAUGAAUUGGUGAUUGUAAGAGUGCUCUAAGUUUUAUAUAUGUAUAUAUAUAUAUAUAUAUAUAUAUAUAUAUAUAUAUAUAUAUAUAUAGAUGUAUAUAUAUAUAUAUUUAUCUAUUUAUUUAUUUAUUUAUAUAUUUAGUUUUUAAUAGUUUUAUAUUAAAAAUAGUUCUGAACCGUUUCAUUUAAAUAAGACAUCGAAAUCUUUUACUCUAAUUCCUUUACUAACAUAUAAAAUCUAUGAAUUUAUUAUUUCUAUGGUGAAUUGAUGAUUACUAAAGUAAUCUAAAUUAUACAACACACACACACACACACGUACAUAUUUAUAUUAAUUUUUUAAUAUUUUUAUAUUAAUAAUCGUUUUACAAAUUUUUUCAUUUAAAAUUUCUAUUCUAAUUCCUUUCUUAACGCGUCGAAUUUAUAAACUUAUUAUUACCAUGAAAAAUUAAAAAUUGUGCGACGAUCUAAUGAGAUUGUGAGAAUGAUCUAAAUUUUAUAUAUAUUUAUUCUUUUUUUAAAAGUUUGGUACUAAUAAUAAUAAUAAUAAUAAUUAUUAUUAUUAUUAUUAUUAUUAUUAUUAUUAUUAUUAUUAUAAUUUUCCAAAUUUUCAUAAUUAUCAUAUAUAUAUUGUAUAUUGGAAACUUAUAUUAUUAUUUCUUUUAAUGAACAUUGAAUGUUCAUAAUAUUUCUAUUAAUAAUUUACAAAUACGUAUUUGAUUUUUCAGUUCAUAUAAAUUUCUUAUUAUAUCUCGAAGAAUUCAAUAUUCUCACGAAAGCUGAGAUAUGCAAUUAAGAAUAAAGAUAUACCUAUCCUUGUUCGGAACGCGUCAUUACCGUCCUUCUCUUAACGUUGAUAUAUAUAUAUAUAUAUACACACACACACACACAUGUAUAUGUACAUAUAUAUACAUAUAUAUUUGUAUAUAUACAUAUAUGUAUAUAUAUAAAUAUAUACAUAUAUAUAUAUACAUACACGUGUGGAUAUUACAAAAAGAUAGAUAAAAAGAAAGGGAUAGGCAAAUUACAGACACUCAGUAGCGCGUUAGUCGCGGAAUUCCGAACGAUUUACAAGACUCAUACUUGUUUACAAAUCUGUCUUUGGGAUUAUCGAUAACAACGCAAUUCAUUUCUUUGAUUUAUAUUAUUAAGUUAAAAAGAAGAUAAAAAAAGAGGAAGAAGAAAAAGAAAAGGAAGAACACAUCCGUUAUAAUAUUAUCUUUCCUUCACAAUAUUUAUGUUUAACAUAAUAUAAUUUAUCAUAUUUUUUAUUAUUCAUUCCUCAAUUAAUCAUGUAUUCAUUCGUAUACCUUCAUUGUGUGUGUGUAUUUCUAUUUUUUUUUGUUUUUCAGUUAUGCUAACAAGAAAGAUUUAGGAAAUCAUUAAUUUCAUUAUUUGUUUUUUCUUUUCUUCCUUUUUUUUAUUUCUCGUGAUUACCAAUACUAACAAAAAAAAUUUACGAAAUGAUUUUUUUUAUCUCUUAAUCAACAAGAUUCACAUUCGAGUGUUGUAAUAAAAUUCAUAUCGAUUCAAAUUUAAUUACUCUUGAAAAUAAAUUACUCUCGUUGAAAUGAUACAUCAACGAGAAAGAUCGAUAAUAUGAUACUUUCUGAUCAAUAAUAUAAUAAUAUGAUUACUUUCAUCAUCGUCAUAUGUGUGUGUGUGUGUGUGUGUAUUUUUUCUCUUUUUAAAUUAACAAAGAGAAGCAUUUUCGAAAAUAUAGAUUUAUACUUUCACUUCGAUAAAAUUCAUAUCGAUUCGAGUUAAAUUGAAAGUAUCGAAAGAGAUUUAUAAAAGUAAAGAUAUUCGAAAGAUUGGAACAAUAAUAGUCCUUAAAAUUCGUACAUUAUAUUUAUAAGAACGGAAAAAGAGGGAAUUUAAGUUCUCUUAUUUAGAAAUCUCCCGAGGUGACCCGUCCUUCUCUACGAAAGAGUAAAAGAGAGCGGAAGAGAAAAAGAGAGAGGAGAGAAAUUUUCUCGACCGUUGAGAAACGUGAAAAUCAGCUGCAGCCGACGUCGGCGUCGUUUCGUCGACGAAGGAGAAGUUUCGCUCGAACGCUGAAGUAUACACGCUUUGCGUGGCUCAAUGAGUCUCUCGUGGUCGUUCGAAGCUAAAGAGAGAGAGAAAGAGAGAGAGAGAGAGAGAGAGAGAGAGUAAGAGAGAAAGAGAGCGCAAGAGAGAGAAAGAGAGAGAGAGAGUGAGUAAGAGAGGGAAGUGGAUGCGUUUGAGCGGAAAAUUGUGAGCUCGUAAUCGGGACUAUGUAAUAACUUCACGCUAGCACGACGAUAUAUCGGCUCUACGAACAUAUUAGCUUCCGUAUAAUACUUCAUCGUAGCUAACGUUACUCGCGAACAACGAAAUACUAUCCCGUUUGAAGUACCAACCGGUUAAGUAUACACACACACACACACACACACACAUAUACUAGAUGGAUGUUAAUAUACAGCUAGCCGUUCGUUAUAUUCUCAAAAGCAUUGCAAUUAGUAUCGGAUAUGUAUUCGUCCUUAGUUUCCCUUAACUCUUUUUUCAUCGAAAUUUCCGUGAAUUUGAUAUACAUAUGAAAUCGUGAAAUGUCGUAUAAAUAUUAUUCUGAUUCCCCUCUAUAGUCUAUAUUCAUUCGAAUAUUUUUGGAAGAUGAUUUAGAUGUGAUAUAGUCAUUUAUUGAUUAUAAAAAAAAAACAAUUUUCUUUAAUAAUAAAAAAUGAUAUUCGUUAAGUAUCAUAACGAAUCGUUUCGUUGAUCUUUGUAUUAUAUUCACUCAUAUCUUACUUUUCUUUAAGAUUUUUUAAUAGUUUAUUAUUUCGGUUAGCUUGGACGUUUAAAGUUUCAACUUUUGUUGUUACUUUUAAAUUUGAAUACCAUAUUGAAUACUAUAAUGAACGUUGUUACCCCAUGAUAAAGGGAAUCAUAAACGAGAUAAGAUGAAUUUUCUUUUUUCUUUUUUUCACGAAAUGUGAAUAUUCUAUCAUUUAUAAAUGAUAAUGAAUAUUCUCAUGUGUCUUAGCUUUCUUUUUUUUUCUCUUAUCCAUGUUCGUUUUAAUAAUUAAAUUUUUAAUGAUCCCCUUGUUGAAUACACAUAUAUACGGUAAUAAACGUGAUCUAAUUAGAGGUCCUAUGUAAAAGAAUGGAUGCUAGGAAGCUAGUGCUGACGAAAGCGCUAAUUGCAACUUCUUUUCCUCUUUUUUCGUCUGUUUUCGUUUCUUUCCUAAAAAAAUUCUUUUAACGAGAGAAAAGGAAAAAGAGAAAGAGAAAGAAGGAAGUCCUCGUAUUCAUUCGAAUCAAAUCGGUUCGGCACCUACUAUUCCUCAUUUCUUCCCUCUCUCUCUCUCUCUCUCUCUCUCUCUCUUCACUAUUUUAAUUUAUCCUUCAUGUAUCUUUCUCUUUUCAAUUCAAUCACCAAAUUCAAAUUCAAAAUUAAAUAUCAUCAUGUACAAAGCAUACCGAACGUUCGAAUUGUAUGAGCGAUUAUAGAAAAAAGAAGAAGGAAACAGGAAAAGAAACAGAAAAAAAAUUAGAGCAACAUUCAAAAUAAAUGAAAAAUCUUCUUUCCAAUUAAUUAUUCUAAUCGACAAAACAGAUACGUCCUCGUCGAAUCGAGAAGCAUUCACGCAUUCCUUUCGAUCGAUUAAUCUUGAUUAACUAAUUAAAAUAAAACUAAAACUAAAACUUACACACGUUAAUUAACCUUUCCAGAGUAGAUAGCAGCAGCAUUAUCAGCAUUUAACAAAACACGAAUACACGCACACAGAGAUUAAGAAAUCUUGAUAUAAUAUUUAUCAAAAGAUACACGUAUGUAUGCAACAAACACAUACAUAUACACAUACGCACAUAUAAAUAUAUAUAUAUAUAUAUAUAUAUAUAUUAACACAGAGAUAUAUACAUAAAUAAAUAUAUGCGGAAGAAUACGAUUGUACGCGCAUAAAAAUAUCGAAAGCGAAGUCUUUCGAAACAUAUCUUCAAUAUGGUGCAAAGUCGGAUCUAACGAUAGAAUCUAUUGUUUUAAUGCGACACCCGCUAAUGAUUACAUUUCCAAGCUAUUAAUUAUGUAAGUAUCGUUAUCGUCGUUUAGCGAAAAUACAAUUAUACGCCCAUCGAUUUCCAUGUAUGUGAGAAAGAUGAUAUUACACGAGUGUAUGUAUCCAUUUACGUUGUGUGCCUGAGAUAAAAUAUUAUAAAGAAAAUGAACGAAUACGAAAGAUAUGAUGAGAAUGAAGAGAAAUAGAGUUUAGAAAGAAAAAUAUGAAGGUGACGAUGAAAAAAAAGAUAAUGUUAAAGAUAAGAAUUUUGAAAGGGGAGAGAGAGAGAGUGAGAGAGAAAGAAAUAGAGAGAGAGAGAGAGAGAGAGAGAGAGACAGAGAAGAGAGAGAGCGAAAAAGAAAGAGAGAGAGAGAUAAAGAAUAUAUGAGAAUGAACGUGAGAAUGAAAGACAAAGAGAUAUAUAUGACAUGCAUCUUCCUUCGACCUUGCCACGUUAAAUUCACUGCGAAGAAAAUUUCAAUACAUUAUGUAUAAUAACAUUAUACAUAUUAUAUAAAUAUAUAAAUACAUAUAUACAUAUACACAUAUAUAGAUAUAAAUUUAAAUAUAAAUAUAAAUAUACAUGUAGCGCGCGCGCGUGUAUGUGCGUCGUGUGUGUGCAUGCGUGCGUGUGCGUGCGUAUGUGCGUGCGUGUGUGUGUAUAAUAUAUUGAAUAUAUAACAUAUAUGUACACACACACACACACACACACAAAGGAAAAGAGCAUUAGACGAUGUGUCGUGUGUUUGUACAUAUAUAAUACUUUAUCAUGCGAAUUAAUGCGACUCGCGAUAUAUAAAAGAAGAGAAACACGGACAUGUACACACGUAAACACGUACAUAAAAAUACAGUGAAAAAAAAAGAAAAAUGGAAAGAGAGUGAGAGAGCAAGAAAGAAAGAUGAAUAACAAAAAGAGACGCACGCAUACAUCCGCAUAAAUUACACAUAGAAGAGGAACGUUCGUGAAAAAUGAUCUUCGAAAAUAAUAAGCGAAUUUUAGAGCUACGCGAUCAACGAUAUUCGAAAAGAUUAAAAAAUUAAAAGUUCGAAAGAAUUACAAGGAAGAAAUCAAAGAACACCAUACGAACGAUGUUCGAUCUCGGCUUCCUAAUCUCGAUCUUAAAAUUAAGAGAUAGAAAAAAAAAUAAAUAUAAAGAGAAAAAAAAAUAGAAAGAAAAAAGAUGGCCUUUGGAUUGAAUUUUAUUCAAAUCGAAUGAUUGAUAAAUCUUUGAUCGUCUUUAAAUUUUUUGACUAGAAAAUUUUCAAUGAUUUGAAUAAUAUCAAUCAUGAAAACUUCAAUGAUCGUUUUCAAUGAUAAAUCUUUGAUCGGUUUAAAGGUCUGAAUUUUUUUUUUAUUAAAAACUGUUCAAUAAAUUUCAAUGAUAUCAAUGACUAAAUUCAAACGUGUCAAAAAUUUCCCUUAUUGUCCUGUUGAGAUUAUGGAAUACAGAUUAUGAUUACAGAAGAAAAAAACAAAUGUCCUAUAAUAAAAUGGUUGAAUAAUCUGUUAAGGAUACAUCUGAAAGGAAGAUUUCGAGGCUUCAACCAAAUAAAUUCGAGGCUGAUACAUUUAUCGCGAUUGAUGGAGAAACUUCGUAUAUCAUAAUCCCUUCUGUUAAACGACAGUAGUAUUGGUGUGGUGGUAGUGAUGGUAGUAGUAAGGUGAUGGUGUGGUGGUGAUAGUUAUAGAGAUCAUGUAGAAAAGCUUUCUCCCGCUACCCUCUCAAGCCUCGCAACCUAAACUGGAGGAAGUCGAAGAAUGGCGUCGGGGUUGGAACAUUUCCAGGAAGCCUCGUUCUCCUCUUAUUGAUUUUUAUUUCAUAUCCUUGGGCCAUCUCGAUGUACUCUCUCUCUCUCUCUCUCUCUCUCUCUCUCUCUCUCUCUCUCUCUCUCUCUCUCUGUCUCUGUCUGUUUUCCUUUUCCUCUAAGAAGUAUAUAUUAGCGUAGUCCGUAACCUCCAUGCUCUCUCUUUCUUUCUCUCUCUCUCUCUAUCUAACUAUCUAUUCUCAACCUAAUAAUUGCACUUUUCGAGACCCCCUUUUUUUUCUUUUGCUCUCCUAUAUAAUCUUUUUCUCAUUGUCAUCGUGUUACACACUCUCCUUUCUGUCUCCUUCUAACCCAACCGAUACCGUUCUAUCCUAUCGGCCUAUCGUAGCUGAUUAAAAAUGUUGCCUCUAUUACUUACUACUCUCUCUCUCUCUCUCUCUCUCUCUCUCUCUCUCUCUCUCUCUCUCUCUCUCUCUCUCUCUCUCUUUCUUCACGCACCUCCACAUAUUGCUCAUAAACACAAAUCAUUUCUAUCUUUCCUAUCUUUCCAAUUUAUAUCUCACAUAUUUUUAAAGGAGGUGUAAAAGCCGAGACUCGAACUUUCGCAGUUUUUAAUUCGACUCGAAAUAAGAUCAAAUCGUUCUACAUGUUUAGAUCUUUGAAAUGGAUUGUAAUUAUAUCUAAUACAUUGUAUAAGAAAUAAGAGAAAAAAAGGUAGCGAGAAAAAGAGAAGAUAAAGGGUGAAUGCAAGAAAGAGAAGUAAAAAGACGAAAGAAAAAAAAAAAAAGUUGGAAUACACUUUUCCUUUGAUAAGAUGAAAGUCACAAAAGAAAAGGACUCCUGUAUCAUCGGAAGUUUGUACAAAGAAUUCUAAACGAUACUAUACAUAUACACACGCGCGCGCGCGCGUAUACACACAUAUAUACACAUCAUACACGAAAGAUAAAAAAGAAAAAAUGUCAGAAAGAAACUCGCCAGUGCGAAGUUAUCUCACGUAAAACUAACUAUGGCUCUAAUAUGUAAUAUAAUGUACAAUAUCACGCGCGCGGACCGUUCCUCCAGCAAUAAAAGAUGAAGGACGAAGGGCGGUGACUAACAUAAUGGAAACGAUAUUCGAUCUUUUCGAUGCACCUUCUCAUGUUUCUCUCUUUUUAUUAUCUUUUUUCUUCUUUUCUCUUUUUUCUUAUUCCUUUUUUUUUCUUUAGCCUCAUUCUUACAACAAUUUUCUCCGGAAACGGUGUUACCCACUUUAUCUCACGAGAGGAAAGAUUAAGGAUCAUCAUUCUGAGAAUUCGAUCAAUAUCAAUUUGAUGAGGGCUGACUACUUGUAAGAUAUUUCUUUUCUUUUUCCUUUUCUUCUGUUUUUUUAUAUUAAAAAAAAUUUCCUUGCGGAAAAUAAAUUGGUACAUAUAUAUAUAUAUGGAACUAUAUAUGUAUGUACUUAUUAUGGAAAUUGGAGCAUCCAAUCAAAUAGAAUCUUUUUUUCAUUUAUGAAUAUUAUCAAAAUGAAUACUUCUUUUCUUAAAUAUUGAAUCAUUUAUAUAUAUACACACACACCUAUAUUAAUCUUCGCUUUUUUUAAUUCACAAAAUGUCAAUCUUUUUCUUCUUAUCUUUUUUAUAACAAUUUUUAUUUUUUUUUUGUUUUUUUUAUAAAAAAAUCAUUUUUUAAUAAUUAAAAAAAUUUCAACCCUCUUUUUCUUAUCUUUUUUAUAACAAUCUUCGCGUUGAAACAUCACUCUCUUUUUCUUUCUCUCAUUCCAAAGAUUCUAUUAUACUUAACGACGCUCAUAGAUUCAUCGAAUUGAUAGCGUUUAAAAAGAAAUCCGCGAACAACUCCUUUGCAAGGAAAAUGAGAAAGAGAAGAAGAAAAAAAAAGAAAAAAGUGCCAAAAAGAAGGAAAGGAUGCGCACGAUUAAAAACGAAUCACUCGAAACACGCGGUGACAUCGCGGAACGAUCGAUUAUCGUUUCUCAUUGGUCCUUCGUAGUACAGAGAAAGCUGGUUGCUCCAAAGAGGAGAAAAUGGGAUAGAUGAAGAUGGAUGAGAAGGAUCGGAUAAAAAGGUGAUGAAGGGUAUUGAGGGGAUCGGUGAAAAAGCGUGAAUGGUUUUUUCUCUCGUGAGACGGAAAAAUAUCGUUGCCUUUCCGUUAUUCUUUUCCUUUUGUUCCUUGGUUUCCUUCUCUCUCUCUCUCUCUCUCUCUCUCUCUCUCUCUCUCUCUCUCUCUCUCUCUCUCUCUCUCUCUCUCUCUCUCUCUCUCUCUCUCUCUCUCUC